GUGUGGAUCCUCUGGUGUGGGUUUGCGCGCCUUCUCCCACUGCACUGGGAGAACGCUGCGUUCCACACCUUCUAUGUGGGAGUAGGAGUACGCUCCGUUCCACACCUUCCACACCACAUAGAAGGUGUGGAAUGCAGCGUACUCCCAGUGCAGUGGGAGAAAGCGCACAAACCCACACCAGAGGACUUUUAUCCCCCUAGCAAGGGGGUAUAUAAGCAGGAUGGAGCACGCUAG